AAAUGGUGGUCAUAUUUUAUUUGCUGCUCGUGCUCAAUAUUGGACGUAAGUAUAUUCACAGAGGUCAGAUUUACUCCAGAUAUAUGUUAUAAGUAUAUAUGUUAUAGUAUAUAAGUAUAUACAGAUAUAUAUUUAAAGUAUUGUCAUGUUCUUGCAGUAAUUUAGGAGAGAGCACAUAUGAUUGUUGUUAAUGUAAAGUUCAUCUUUUCAGGAUGCACAGUCGAGCAGAUCUUUGAGACAAAGACUGUUGGUGUUGGAGCUGAUGUGACACUGACUUGUCCCCGCAAGUCUCCAGGAAGCAUUUUUUGGAUCAGGCUUGUUUCUGGAGACAUUCCAAAAGUAUUAGCGAAAACAUAUAGUUUUGAGAGUGAUCCUCGCAUUACAGCCACAAAAGAGCGUGGAGAAUUUGUCCUGCACAUUAAAAAUGUAAGGCGAAGUGAUACAGCAGUUUACCUCUGUGUGAAAAUACACCAACAAAACCUCACAUUUUUGAAAGGAGCAGACCUGAGAGUUGAAGGACCUGAACCUGAUAUCACUGCUGUCAUUCAAGAUCCAUCUGAUCCAGUCCGUCCAGGAGACUCAGUGACUCUGCAGUGUUCAGUCCUCUCUGACUCUGAGAAAAAGUCAUGUCCAGGAGAUCACAGUGUGUUCUGGUUCAGAGCUGCAUCAGAUGAAUUUCAUCCGAGUGCCAUUUACGCACAUGGAAACAGUGCUGAGUGUGAGAAGAGUCCUGAAGCCCACUCUCUUCAGAAAUGUAUCUACAGCUUCUCUAAGAACGUCAGCUCCUCUGAUGCCGGGACUUAUUACUGUGCUGUGGCCACAUGUGGAGAGAUAUUAUUUGGAAAUGGAACAAAACUGGACAUUGAAGAUGUCAGCCGCUGUGAUUCACAGAAUGACAAUACAGCUCUGUUUCUGGUGUGUGCUGCUUUGGCUUUAAGUCUGAUUGUUAUAGCCGUCCUUGUUCAUGCCAUCAGGACAAAAUCCUGCCAUUGUUCCAACGCUGCUGCCACUCUGCAAACAAAUGCUGCGACAGCCAGUUGUGAUCAGCAAAGUCAGCCGGGAAAUGAGGAGUCUUUGGUUUAUUGUACACCAAACUUUACCAGGAGGAAAGCUGGCAGAGGAGGGAGAAGAAAUCAAAGACAAGAAGAGACCAUCUACACUGAUGUCAGGGCUUUUAUGAUAUAUGAUUAAUCAAACGAUGAAUUUGCUGAAUGAGGCUAAUGUAAUUUUUGUGUGGCACACUGUGUGGAAAAUAAACUUUGUGCUUUGGCAGCACUGGUGCUUGAAUUUCAUCUGAGACUUGAUAUACCACGUAAUAUAAUAAGCUAGUCAG